AUGGUAAAGAUGUCGGAAAUUAAGCUCUGGAUACCAAGGGGGUCUACUAUCUGUAUACUAAAAGGUGUAUUGCCUACGAAAGAGCUUCGAGAUUCAUUACUCACGUUGAGGGUGUACAAACCCGGAAAGCUGUCGGCAGAAAGCUGUAUUCGUCUACGACCAUAG